AUGACUCUGGAAGAUUUAGCGGGAGAUAAAGCUACAGAAAGAGACCCCAACAGUGUGGUAUUGUGCCUGUUGGCGACGGACGAGGUGGAGCACCAGGACAUCGCCCUGCAGAUUCACUUCACUCUCAUUCAGGCAUUCUGCUGUGAGAAUGACAUUAGCAUUUUACGAGUCACUAACAUGAGUCGGCUGGCAGAAAUCUUGGACACCAGCGUGGGCAGUGGGGGCACUGCGGAACCACUCGACCUACAUUGUGUUUUAAUCACUAAUCCUCAUGCAUCACCAUGGAAGGAUUCUGCACUCAGUAAGGUGAUAUGCUUUUGUCGACAGAGUCGAUUUUUGGACCAGUGGGUGCCUGUGAUCAAUUUGCCUGAACGUUGA